AGGCUCCCCCCCCCCCCCCCCCCACGAACUUUUCAAUGCGUAGUGUUAUGAGUAGUAACUUCGUAUAGAAUUUUUUAGGCCCCAGGCGAGACCUAUGCGCCUAACGCCUUUAAUAACUAACUAUGUAUCUUGUCUAUAAGUCUUUUUAUACAUUUUCUCUCUCAAGAUCAAGAUUCAUAUGUACUUUAUGUUAUAGUGUUAAUUUUGUUUAUAAUUGACGGUAAUCAAAGUUUAUUAUCAUUUUAUGACAUGGGCAUCCCUCAAAAGAUCAAAUCAAUCACUUGUUGAAGACUGCUUGAUAAUUAAAUUAGUUAUAAAAAGACAAUGGUUUUGAAGAACUCAGAGGACACAGUGGCAGCCAAAGGUUCAAAUGAAAAUGGGAAUUCAUCCUCUGCUAUCGACGAAAAUUCAAAUAAAAAACAACGGAUCGAUUGUAGCUCAAACGGACCUUUUGUGAUGCCCCUUAUAUCCAUUCCAAAAGUUGAAGAACAAAACUCAAAAGCUUCUAUCAUGUUGUCGGGAACCGCUAGAAAGGGUGAACCCGGCCCACCUGUAGGAGCGUUCGACAUCGGCAUUAGCAAAAAUGCAUACUUUUUCCAAGUUGCCCUAUCUGGUGUCAAGAAAGAUCCUGGGCAAUUUAGCUGUGAGAUAGAACGGAACGGGAUGGUUCAUGUCAGGGGAGAAACAUCAACAGGUGGAAAAACCGUUACUAGACAUUCACGAGUCUUUGAAAUGAAAUUUCAACAGCAGGCGCCACCUGGACAGUUUACACUAUCGUUCAGUCUACCUGGACCUGUGGAUCCAAGGCUGUUUUAUCCGAAUUUUAGAUCAGAUGGCAUUUUUGAAGCCAUUGUUAUGAAAUGCGAGUAGUAAUGGUGUCUUGGGCUAACUUAAGUAGUGCAUUGAUAAGCUUUUCUGGUUUUACUUUUCCCUUUUCAAGCAAGUGUUUGUAUUGUACAGGGAUUAAGAAAGUUUCACAGUAGCAGUAAGUAGUUAAAUUUAGGAUUGUUUGUUGUUUUGAGACUUAAUUCAGGUUAUGUUUUGUGGAAAGGCCAAUUCACAAGAUGUACUUGUUAGUUGUUAUAGAGACAACCAGAGUACCCUA